AUGACUCAAACUCCUUCACACCGUCGUUCCCCUUCUACUCCUUAUACCAAGUCCAAGGCCUCUCGUCCAGUCUUACAUCGUCGAGGGACCUCCAGUGCCACAGUCACUAUCUCAAAGUUGGGCUCAGGGAAGGAUCGGGGAACAAAACCACCCCCAGAGGAAGUCGAUAUGGCAAGCUUUUUGAACUUUUGUGCUAUGUGCGAAAACCAGAUCACAACACCCAACAACUCUAUCCUAUACUGUAGCGAAAGGUAUGUGGCAAUUGAUCUAUAUUUAGGGGUCUUGGAUCCCGCCCAGUUCCCAAUCUGGGUGGACUCAUGGGACCUGCAUGAUACUUCGAACUAUAUACUAAUACAUCCUUUCAGCUGCCGCCGCAAAGACUCUUGCAAACCUCUCUCAGCAUCUCUCCCUUCUAUGUCCACUAUGUCCACAACACCUCCAGCAUCACCUCCUCUCUCCCCACGCACCAUCGUGGCUCCAAUGACUCCCACCCGGGUUCCCUCCGGGAGUACUGGCCUCACCCAUGAUGCCAAGUCAGAUCUUGACCCCACUGAAUGGAAGCCCGUGUUACAGCGCAGCAGCUCGUCUCUCGCCUCCUCCGAUGCCUGGAACUACCUCUCCCAGUUCCACGGCUCAAUGCGGCCCAGCAUCCACCGCAGCUCUUCCAGUCUGCCUGCCCUGGCCGGCAACGGCAGCGGUCACAGCCACAGCUCCAACCACAGCCGUGUGCCCUCGUUGACCAGCACGCCUUCCGUGGCUUCAUCCUUCAGCAGCACCGCCUCUGAAUACCUGGGCAGCAUCCAUGAGUCCCGCCCACUGCCCCCACGCCACAACCCCUACUUCGCAGGCACCAGCAUGUCCAAGGGCGUCGAGCUGGUGGUCCCUCACAUUGCGGUCACCGACGAUCUGGAUCCGGUUGGCCUUUCCGACAGUGGUUCCAUCUUCCCUGCCAGCAGUGCUGUCUGGGAGGAUAGCACUGAGCGCUCCAAGCCCAUCACCAUGACUCGGUGA